UAGCGCGGAGCAUUUGGCCGGAAGUCGGGUUUCUACGCGCCGCGGUGAGCUGGCCCCUUGCAGAGCUGUGAGCAUCCCCAGAGUUAAACUGGGGGAGAAAAAAAAAGCAAACACCUCUAAAAAGUCAUUUGGAAACAUCUCUAAAUAUUUGUAACUGUAUGCGCUGCUAAAGAGAAAUUGACCAAAAUGAAAUUACUUGAAUAACUGGGACAGGUUUAUGUUCGUUUCAUCAAUUCCAUCCAGAAGCUGAGGAGUCUCCCUUUGAAUUGAAGGAUUGUGCAAGGAUGACCUUCCAAUUUAAUUUCACUAUAGAAGACCAUCUGGAAAAUGAAUUAACGCCCCUUGGAGAUGAAGCUUUGGCGCCGAAUUCCUCAAAAGAGUCUUCAGUCUCAGAAAGUCAAAAAGGUAAACACAGGGACACAAAAUGUUUUACAGAGCAGUCUGACUUGCCUCAGGAUCACUCGUGGGGACCUAAGUCAGUGGGACAUGCAGCUCCCUCCCAAGACACACACAACUCACUCGAUGUAGCUAACAGUUCAGGGAACUUGGAGCCUCAUGAAAAACAGCCUUGCUUGAGACUUGCCAAAGAGCAUGCUGUGCCUGAAGAUUUAAAGAAAGUGUUAGAAAAUAAAGUCAUAGAAACAUUACCGGGUCUCCAGCACGUUAACGUAUCAAUAGUGAAAACCAUCUUGUUAAAAGAGAACUUCCCUGGAGAAAACAUCAUUUCAAAAAGCUUUUCUUCUCACUCUGAUCUGAUUACCGGUGUUUAUGAAGGAGGCUUAAAAAUCUGGGAAUGUACCUUUGACCUCCUGGCUUAUUUCACAAAGGCCCAAGUGAAAUUUGCUGGGAAAAGAGUGUUGGAUCUUGGCUGUGGAUCAGGGUUGCUGGGUUUAAUUGCACUCAAGGAAGGGGCAAGAGAAGUUCAUUUUCAAGAUUAUAACAGUAUGGUGAUCGAUGAAGUAACCUUACCUAAUGUGGUGGCUAACUCCACUUCGGAAGAUGAAGAAAAUGACGGAAACGAACCAGAUGUGAAAAGAUGCAGGAAAUCAAAAGUAGCCCAAGAACUAAGUCAAUGCCGGUUCUUUUCUGGGGAGUGGACUGAGUUUUGUAAGCUUGUACUAACCAGUGAAAAACGCUUUGAAAAAUAUGAUCUCAUUCUCACCUCAGAAACCAUUUACAAUCCAGACUAUUAUGGUACUUUGCACCAAACAUUCCUUCAAUUGCUAGGUAAAAAUGGGCGGGUGCUUUUGGCCAGCAAAGCACAUUAUUUUGGUGUAGGUGGAGGUGUUCAUCUCUUUCAAAAGUUUGUAGAAGAAAGGAAUGUAUUUGAAACUAGAACACUUGAAAUAAUUGAUGAAGGACUAAAAAGAUUCCUAAUUGAAAUGACUUUUAAGUACCCUAGUUAAUGUCCACAAAACGUCCUAAGUGAAAUAAACAGAAUAAAAACUUUAGAAUGUUUAA